AUGUCAGACAUUGAUAAUUUCGAUCCCUUCGCCGAGACAACAAACAUGCUGUCUAGUUCAUUUUUAAGUGAAGUUUCAGAAGAAGGAGAAAAUGAAUAUGAAAUUGAAUAUGAGAAUUCGGAGGAGGAAAUUGAUGCUUUUUCGAGAUCUUUGAAUGCAAUUAAUUUCGAUAAUACUUAUGAUACUUAUCAACAACUGAAAACUCAUUUUUGUUGUCAAAUCGAUCGGGAAAUUCAUUUGGAAAACUCUUUAAUUCAAAUCAAUCAUGCGCAAAAGACCAAUGAUAAUAAUGGGAGUACUUUUAUUACAUACACUAUAAAUGUUGGGGAACAAGAAGUUAAACGUCGUUAUUCAGAAUUCGAAUCGUUAAGAAAAUCCUUGAUAAGAUUAUAUCCUACUUUGAUAGUUCCCCCUAUUCCAGAGAAACAUUCUAUAGCUGAUUAUGCGACAAUGCAAAGUAAAGCUAAAGAAGAUGUGGGCACAAUAGAAAGACGUAAACGAAUGCUACAAAGAUUUUUAAAUCGAUCUCCCGCCAAUCUUUCAUCAUCACAAUCUUCUACUACUACUAAUUCCACCAAUCAUAUUCCUAAACCCAGUGCUUCUCAACCAUUAAAGAAUCCCGAUCCACAAUUUGUUGAAGCGGAAGCUUAUACUAAUAAGUUUUAUAGUCACAUCAGUCAAAAUAUGGAAAAGACCAAUAAGAGAAUUUGGAAACGUUUAAACGAUUUUUCCAAUGAUUAUUCUGAAUUGGGAGCAUUAUAUAAUGGAUUUAGUCUAAGUGAAACAGAUGAUUUAGAUUUAUCUAAUGCAAUUGAAAGAGUGGGACAAGCAGUAGAUUCAACAUAUAUGUCGACGGGAGAAUUGACGACAGCUCUUGAAUCAGAAUUUACCGAACCGUUAACAGAAUAUUCACAAUAUGCUCAAAUUAUUAAGCAAGUUCUUAAAUAUCGACAUCUCAAACAUUUACAAAUGGAACAUAGCGCGGAAACUCUUGAGAAACAGAAACUUUCAUUGGAGUCAUUGGAAAGAUCAGAACAGGAAGCUAGAAGAUUGGAAGAUGCAUUGAGUCAUAAUACUCAGAAGCGUUCACAUACGCAAUCACCACGUGGUGGAUAUAAUGGAGAU